AUGACCAUGUUCGGGUAUUCUCGUUCUUCGGGUGCUGCCAGUGCCGGCAGCUCGCAGUCCUCCUGCGGGGAGGACUCCGGCAAAUUGACACCGAUACCCAGGCCGGCCUGGUCUGUGGCUGGGCUCGGCAAGACCCCCGCCAGGUCGGACACUCCCGCGCGUAGGGGCGCGGAUGUCGCCGUGGCUGGCGUCAACGACAAUGUCGUCGACAUCCUCCCCCCGGCGAUCGACACCGCCGCCAUCGGUGUUGGUUCUUCCACCCCUCCCCUCGCCGCUGCCGGCGAUGCCGCCACCAUCUCCGGUGUUGUCACCGUUCCCGCCGCACGCGAUUGCGCUUACCCGACGCCAUCGCCGGCCGGACCCGGUGCCGACACCAACGGUGCCAGCUCGCCCCCGUCCGACCUGCCGAGGCCCUCUUGCCCGGCUCCGCCACAGAUCAGGCCGGCUAACCAAACCGGUAUCUCCCCCCCUCGCAUCGCUGCCGUUACCCCGCUGGUAAUUGACAGCCUUGCCUCCGAUGGCUGUGUUCGUCCGACGACCGCCCUCUCCCUUCCCCCCUUUGUUGAGGACUAUCUCCAGCCGAUCCGGCAAAGCACCCCGGCUCAGUUGGAGGUGCUCAGUCUGCGGCAGAUUGCCUGCGGUCAGGCAUGCCUGCCGGAAGCAUCUGCCACCCUCAUUCGUGAGGCUUGCCCGGAUCCGGCGACCGCGCGCGGCCCGGCCGCGGCCCUGGCCUUCGCCACGGUCGUGCACCAAUUCCUGGCCAUCCCGGCCUUUAGCUCGGCCCCCGACGAGCUGGAGCCCGUGGUGCACUGGCAUGAGGCCCUCCUCGAUGCGGCCAGCACCCCCGACCACCCCCCUCCGGACAGUGGCCCCACUUCUCCCUGCGACUCUGAUGUGGACUUCGACCUCAUCGUCAUGGUGGACCGCCUUUCCGGUGUGCCGGUGGCUCUUUCGGCGGCGGAAUUCUAUCCCCGGUCGUCGGCCCUGCUGCUGACGUACCUGGUGGUGGCUCCCGACCGCCGGGGCCUGGGCCUCUCUCGGCCCCUCUCCAUGGCCUGCAUCGAGUUCGGUGACAUGCGUGCGCGUCAGCGCGGCCUCGGCCCCCAGGCCAAGAUCGCCCUGCUGGAGACCCGCGGCCAUGAUGAUUCGGAAUCCGACGCCACGAAAAGCCGCGCCGCGGCGGCUCUCUCCCGCCUGGGCUUCCGUGCGGUUGUCGGUCUGAAGUACGUCCAGCCGGCCCUCGAGGAGGCUGGCUGCUUGGAUGGCCGCUGCUAUAACAUGCUCCUCUGUGUGCACGAGCGCCACAUCGUUUCCGACGAGGCGUCAGCUCCCGCCCCGACCGUCGAUGCCAUGGCCCUGUCUUCCUGGCUGGCCGAGUAUUAUUCGACUCUCGGUGUGGCUCCGGAUGAUGAAGACCUCACGGAUCAGCUCAACUGCCUGCGGUCCUGUUCCAAUGGCCGCGCCCCGGUGACCGCUGUCUUCUGA